AUGAAGUUCUCUACCCUUCUCACCGGCUCUCUCUUUGCCACCGCUGCUCUGGCUGCUCCUCUCACCGAGAAGCGUCGUGCUGCUCGUGCCGCCAAGGCCCGCCACAGCAACCCGCCCUACAAGGCCGGUACCGACAAGGAGAUCCUCAAGUUGACCAACACCACCAACGUUGAGUACUCCUCCAACUGGGCUGGUGCCGUCCUCAUCGGUUCCGGCUACACCAAGGUCACUGGCGAGUUCACCGUCCCCAGUGUCUCCGCUGGUUCUUCCUCUUCCUCCGGCGGCUACGGUGGUGGCUAUGGCUACUACAAGAACAAGCGCCAGUCCAGCGAGUACUGCGCCUCCGCCUGGGUCGGUAUCGACGGUGACACCUGCGAGACCGCUAUCCUCCAGACCGGUCUGGACUUCUGCUACGAGGAUGGCCAGGUCUCCUACGACGCCUGGUACGAGUGGUACCCCGACUACGCCUACGACUUUGACAGCAUCUCCUUCUCCGAGGGUGACUCUGUCAAGGUCACCGUCGAGGCUUCCAGCGACAGCACCGGUACCGCCACCGUCGAGAACCUGACCACUGGCCAGUCCGUUACCCACUCCUUCACCGGCGGCACUGAGGGCAACCUCUGCGAGACCAACGCCGAGUGGAUUGUUGAGGACUUUGAGUCCGGUGACUCUCUCGUCGCUUUCGCUGACUUCGGUACCGUGACCUUCACCAACGCUGAGGCCACCAGCGACGGCUCCACCGUUGGCCCCGAGGCCGCCACCAUCAUGGACAUUGAGCAGGACAGCACCGUCCUCACCUCCACCUCCGUGGAUGGCGACUCCGUCACUGUUACCUACGUCUAG